AGCCAUUUGGCACUAAUGGAAGUUUGGUCAACAUUCCUGCAUCUCCUGCGCGCUCAGCUGUCAAUCACAUGCAGGCAUGGAGGCGGGGGGGAGGGGCUCGAGCCUUCAAAAAGAGCCGCAGGUAGACGAGCGCCACCACAGACCGGCUACGAUCCUCGACCAGAACCAGAACCAGAACCAGCGGCAGAAGCAGAAGAAGCAACAGACAUGCAGCUUGGUCCGGGUCCCGCCAUCUUGCUUGUCAUUGCCUUGGUUCUGCGCAGCCCGGCAGUUUCCUCUCAGCAGGACAGAGAUCAGGACGAGUACCAGGACCAGGACCUCAACCCGGAGCUGCGCCGCCAUCAGAUGAUGCAACGCGCUCACGACGCCGCUGUCCUGUCACAGGACUGGACCAAACGUACGGUGGAGGACCUGCUGGCCCGACUGGCGCUGCCCGAGGCCGACGGCCAGCGGGAGGCUGAGCUGGUCGCCGCGGCAACCGGCAGCGGGAGGAUGAACCCGGAGCGCUCGGUGGAGCCCCCCAACAACAUGCCCCCCCGUGAGCGCAAAGCUGGCUGCAAGAACUUCUACUGGAAAGGCUUCACUUCCUGUUAGUUGCCCCGCCCUGUAUCUAAGCUCCGCCUCCUUCCCUGUAGAGCAGACCACAUGGGCGUGCCCUGAGAGAUCGACCAAUCAGCAUCCGCCUGCUUUCACCUGCCUGUAUUAUGUUGUUGAUUCAUUAAAAAGAGAAAUCUAACACCUUC